AUGACAACCACAGCUAUUAAUGGUAAUAUUGGCGACGCCUAUGUCAACUUUAAAUAUUUCCAGAACGCUCUAGGCAUCGCCUAUCACAAUCUUGGAGAUUUCCGGAAAGCCAUAGAGUGCCAUGAACGACACCUCAAAAUUUCGAAAGAGGUGGGAGACAGGGCAGGAGAAGGAAGAGCGUACUGUAAUCUUGGCAUCGCCUUUAAAAAUCUUGGAGAGUUCCAGAAAGCCAUAGAGUACCAUGGACGACACCUCAAAAUUUCGAAAGAAGUGGGAGACAGGGCAGGAGAAGGAAAAGCGUAUGGUAAUCUUGGCAACGCAUAUGAUAGUCUUCAAGACUUCCAGAAAGCCAUAGAGUACCAUGAACGAGACCUCAAAAUUUCGAAAGAAGUGGGAGACAGGGCAGGAGAAGGAAGAGCGUACUGUAAUCUUGGCAACGCCUAUAACGGUCUUGGAGAUUUCCAGAAAGCCAUAGAGUACCAUGAACGAGACCUCAAAAUUUCGAAAGAACUGGGAGACAGGGCAAGAGAAGGAAGAGCGUACUGUAAUCUUGGCAACGACUUUCAAAGUCUUGGAGAUUUCCAGAAAGCCAUAGAGUACCAUGAACAGCACUUCAAAAUUUCAAAAGAAGUGGGAGACAGGGUAGAACAAAGAAUAGCGUGCUGUCAUCUUGGCAACGCCUAUGACAAUCUUGGAGAUUUCCAGAAAGCCGUAGAGUACCAUGUACGAGACCUCAAAAUUUCGAAAGAAGUGAGCAACAGGGCAGGAGAAGGAAAAGCGUACUGUAAACUUGGCAACGCCUAUUUUCGUCUUGGAGAUUUCCAGAGAGCCAUAGAGUACCAUGAACGAGACCUCAAAAUUUCGAAAGAAGUGGGAGACAGGGCAGGAGAAGGACGAGCGUAUGGUAAUAUUGGCAACGCAUAUGAUAGUCUUGGAGAUUUCCAGAAAGCCAAGGAGUGCCAUGAACGACACCUCAAAAUUUCGAAAGAAGUGGGAGACAGGACAGGAGAAGGAACAGCUUAUGGUAAUCUUGGCGUCGCCUAUAGACAUCUUGGAGAUUUCCAGAAAGCCAUAAAGUACCAUGAACGAAACCUCAACAUUUCGAAAGAAGUGGGUUACAGGACAGGAGAAGGAAAUGCGUAUGGUAAUCUUGGCAACGCAUAUGACAGUCUUGGAGAUUUCCAGAAAGCCAUAGAGUACCAUGAGCGACACCUCAAAAUUUCAAAAGAAGUGGGAGACAGGGCAGGAGAAGGAAAAGCGUAUGGUAAUCUUGGCAACGCAUAUGGCAGUCUUGGAGACUUCCAGAAAGCCGUAGAGUACCAUGAACGAGGCCUCGAAAUUUCGAAAGGGGUGGGAGACAGGGCAGGAGAAGGAAAAGCGUACUGUAAUCUUGGCAACGCCUAUCACAGACUUGGAGACUUCCAGAAAGCCAUAGAGUACCAUGAACGAGACCUCAAAAUUUCGAAAGAAGUGGGAGACAGGGCAGGAGAAGGAAAAGCGUAUGGUAAUCUUGGCAACGCAUAUGGCAGUCUUGGAGAUUUCCAGAAAGCCGUAGAGUACCAUGAACGAGGCCUCGAAAUUUCGAAAGGGGUGGGAGACAGGGCAGGAGAAGGAAAAGCGUACUGUAAUCUUGGCAACGCCUAUCACAGACUUGGAGACUUCCAGAAAGCCAUAGAGUACCAUGAACGAGACCUCAAAAUUUCGAAAGAAGUGGGAGACAGGGCAGGAGAAGGAAAAGCGUAUGGUAAUCUUGGCAACGCAUAUGGCAGUCUUGGAGAUUUCCAGAAAGCCGUAGAGUACCAUGAACGAGGCCUCGAAAUUUCGAAAGGGGUGGGAGACAGGGCAGGAGAAGGAAAAGCGUACUGUAAUCUUGGCAACGCCUAUCACAGACUUGGAGACUUCCAGAAAGCCAUAGAGUACCAUGAACGAGACCUCAAAAUUUCGAAAGAAGUGGGAGACAGGGCAGGAGAAGGAAAAGCGUACGGUAAUCUUGGCAACGCCUAUGGCAGUCUUGGAGAUUUCCAGAAAGCCGUAGAGUACCAUGAACGAGGCCUCGAAAUUUCGAAAGGGGUGGGAGACAGGGCAGGAGAAGGAAAAGCGUACUGUAAUCUUGGCAACGCCUAUCACAGACUUGGAGACUUCCAGAAAGCCAUAGAGUACCAUGAACGAGACCUCAAAAUUUCGAAAGAAGUGGGAGACAGGGCAGGAGAAGGAAAAGCGUACGGUAAUCUUGGCAACGCCUAUUUUCGUCUUGGAGAUUUCCAGAAAGCCAUAGAAUACCAUGAACGAGACCUCAAAAUUUCGAAAGAAGUGGGAGACAGGACAGGAGAAGGAAGGGCGUAUGGUAAUCUUGGGAUCGCCUUUAAAAAUCUUGGAGAGUUUCAGAAAGACAUUGAGUACUAUGAACGACACCUCAAAAUUUCGAAAGAAGUGGGAGACAGGGCAGGAGAAGGAAGAGCGUAUUGCAAUCUUGGCAACGCCUAUGACAGUCUUGGAGAUUUCCAGAAAGCCAUAGAGUACCAUGAACGACACCUCAAAAUUUCGAAAGAAGUGGGAGACAGGGCAGGAGAAGGAAGAGCGUACGGUAAUCUUGGCAACACCUUGAGAAAUCUUCGAGAUUUCCAGAGAGCAAUAGAGUAUUAUACGAAGAGUCUUAUAGCCUUCGACCACAUCAGGGGAAAUCUCAUAUCUAAUGACGAAUGGAAGAUUAGCCUUAAAAGUACGUAUGAUUAUAUUAAUUUGAGGCUCUGGGAGCUGCAGUUUAAGGAAGGUAAAGUCAUCGAGGCACUUUUAACUGCUGAUCAAGGACGAGCACAAGCUUUAAACGAUAUUCUGGAGUUCAAGUAUGGCCUUAAAGGGCUGCGCCCAGAAAUAGGAACAUUUUGUGCAAGACCAAGUGACUUUGCUAGUUACUUACCACCAAACACAGCUUUCAUGGGUAUUAGCGAGGGAGGAAUAGUUCUCUGGGUGAACGAGAAAGGAAACGAAAUCAAAACUAGAAGAACUGAGUUCGAUAUCUCCGUCACAACCUAUUUUCAGUCUCUUUUGGAAAAUACACGUGAAGAAAUAGGUAUGAGAACUGAUGUUAAUUGCGAAGAUCGCUCAUUAAGUAACCCAAGCGAUAAAAAGUUAUCAGAAGAAAGAUCCAGUAAGCCAAAGUCUCAUUCCUCGUCUUUUGAGGAGGCAAAGUCAUUACAAACAUUUUACAAAGUCGUCAUAGACCCUAUAAGAGACUUACUCGACGGCGAUGAAGUUGUGAUUGUUCCACAAGGACCACUGUGUUUGGCGCCUUAUGCUGCUUUCAUGGACUUGAAAUCAAAGUACCUCUGCGAAACGUUUAGAAUUCGUGUGCUCCCCUCGCUUUCUAGCCUAAGAUUGAUCCAAAAUUGUGCAGCAGAUUGGCACAGUAAGACUGGCGCUCUUCUCGUCGGCGAUCCGUGGGUACAGGAGGUAACGACGCUAGGGCAGUUAGAGUGGGCCGCAAAAGAAGUGCAGAUGAUUGGGGAAAUACUUCAAACGGAACCUCUCGUGGGAAAGCAGGCAACAAAAGAUGAAGUUUUCAGACGUAUCUCGUCGGUUGCUUUGGUGCACAUUGCUGCUCACGGUGAAAUGGAAACAGGAGAAAUUGCCUUGGCCCCGAACCCAACGCGUUCAUCCUUAAAUCCAGCCAGGGAGGACUAUAUCUUAACUAUGAAAGAUGUUUUAAAGGCGCAGAUUAGGGCAAGACUUGUUGUACUUAGUUGUUGUCAUAGCGCUCGGGGAGAAGUCAAAUCUGAGGGUGUGGUCGGCAUCGCACGAGCUUUUUUGGGUGCUGGUGCUCGUGCUGUUCUGGUGUCCUUGUGGGCGAUCGACGACGAAGCUACUAUGGAGUUCAUGAAAGUUUUCUACCAAGAGCUAGUCUGUGGAGGAAGUGCCAGUGAGUCCCUGAAUAAAGCAAUGAAAUCCAUGAGAGAAUCGGACCGCUUUAACGCAGUGAAGUACUGGGCGCCGUUUGUUCUCAUUGGUGAUGACGUAACGCUCGAGUUUGAAGGCAUCCAAUAA